GCUCCAGGUCAACAGCUGAGAGGACAGAACAGUGUGUGACAGGACUCCGCAUUCCCCCGAAAAUAUUCAAACUGCUUAAUUUCUUCUUCUUCUUUCCUGAGAAGAAGUUUUCAUUUUCUGGCCUGAAGACGUUUCUGCCUCUUUCAGUGGAUUUUUCUUCUUCUGUGGUGUGUUUUGGGACUGAACUAUGGAGCUGUCGGAUAUGUCUUUCCCCAUCCCCGCCGCCGAUGAUUUCUAUGACGACCCCUGUUUCAACACCAGCGAUAUGCACUUCUUCGAGGACCUGGACCCGCGGCUGGUCCAUGUGGGCCUGCUGAAGCCGGACGACUCCUCCUCUUCGCCCUCGCCCUCCCCUUCCUCCUCCCCUUCCUCCUCCCCGUCCUCCCUCCUGCACCUCCAUCACCACGCCGAGGUGGAGGACGACGAGCACGUCCGCGCCCCCAGCGGGCACCACCAGGCGGGCCGCUGCCUGCUCUGGGCAUGCAAGGCCUGCAAGAGGAAGACCACCAAUGCAGACCGGCGGAAGGCGGCCACACUGCGGGAGCGCCGGCGGCUCAGCAAGGUCAAUGACGCCUUCGAGACCCUGAAGCGCUGCACGUCGGCCAACCCCAACCAGCGGCUCCCCAAAGUGGAGAUCCUGCGCAACGCCAUCAGUUACAUCGAGUCCCUGCAGGCGCUGCUGCGCGGCGGACAGGACGACGGCUUCUACCCGGUUCUGGAGCACUACAGCGGGGACUCAGACGCCUCCAGCCCCCGCUCCAACUGCUCCGACGGCAUGACGGAUUUUAACGGGCCAACCUGUCAGUCAAAGAGAAGAGGAAGUUACGACAGCUCUUAUUUCUCCGAGACUCCAAACGGUGGUGUGAAGAGUUCCAGGAGCUCGGUGGUCUCUAGUCUUGACUGCCUGUCCAGCAUCGUGGAGCGGAUCUCCACCGAGACCAGCAGCCUGCUGCCGGCCCCCGACGCCACCGGGUCCCCGCAAACGGACCCCGUCGGUGAGGCAGCAGCCCCGGGGCCCGUCCAAGUCCCAUCCCCGACCGCCAUCCAGGACCCGAACCUGAUCUAUCAAGUCCUAUAGACCCUCACAUCCGGGACUUUACCCUCCUGUCACACUAUCCAGUCAUAGAAACACACUUUAAUUUAUCCUAAGUUAUCGGGCUGAACUGACCUGUUACAAAAACCGAAGUGUCCAUUCACACCAGUUUUUAUUUCCUCAACAUGUUUGCAAGCUCGUUCCUGCUGGGAAAAUAUUAUAAUAAUAACUGAGUGUGAAGGUUUGUUAAAAUUUACACUUAUUAUAUUACUUUCUGGCCUUUUCCUGAGCUCUCAGAUCGAUCCUCACCAGUGGAUGGAGUUUAAUAUUUUAUACCAGAUUUUAUAGUUAUUGAGCAAACUCAACGUGCUGAUGAAGAUCAUGAGAAAUAGUUGAAAGAUGGGCCUUGAAUUAACAGCAAAAUGUUUAUUGCUGAAUCUCAAUUCAGUCUUAAUUCCAUAAAGAACUUUUUUUUUUUAGUUUGUCAGGAAAAAAUAAUUAUUGUUCUAUGUAAUAAUUAUAAGAUAAAAUUAUAAUUAAAUUAAAAUUAAAUCAAAUUUAGAACUGAUGGGGGGAUUUAAAAAAAAUAUAUUCAAAGUUUAUUUUAUCAUUUAAAAUUUUCCCUACAUUAGAUUUAUUUUCCUGGCAAGAAUGAUGUUCCUGUUCAUAUUUAAGAUUAUUGCUCCUGCUGUUUAAAUACAUUUUAGAUUUACAUAAAAACCUCUCGAAUGCUGGGAUUUUUAUUUUUUUAAUUUUUUUUUUCAAUUUCUCGCUGUAAUUUUAUUUUAAGUUAUAAGAAAAUAUUUUAAAGUCUCAGCUGAGUCAUUCAGAUGUUUUUUUCUUCCUCUCUGUGUAAAAAAAAGUCUAUUUGAUGGAGGACGGAGGCCAAAAACGAAACAAAAAACAUCCAUUUACAUUCCUCCACAUUCGUCCAUUUAAAGUUGUAAAAAGCCCCGGCUGUAUUCCCUCAGGAAAAAAAACCCAGCUGCAACAAUCUUUGGAUAUUUUAGAAAGAUUUCAUGCAAAACUGCAGAUUUCUGGAGAAAAACUGCAAAUCAUAAUGUGGGAGUAUCAUGCAUUGACUUUCCCAUCAGGACUGAAGUCGGUUCAGACCUCCUUCCUGUUAAAGUCAAACUAAAAGUUUCAUUUGUCGUUUUCAUUCGCUGCAGUAGAGGACCAUUUUUCUGUUUCUGUACAUAUUAUGUAAAUAAGAGCUGAUUUGUUCCAACUGAAAGUAAAUGUUCCUGUCAGUAUGUGCUUUUGUUUGUUGUGAAAAUGUUAAACUUUAUAUUUAUACAUCUGAAAACUGAGUGACAGUCUAAUGAAAAAUAAAUGAACCUGCUUAUUUAUA